AUGGCUACUCAGCUCGUGCCGCUUCCAGAAGUCGAACGACUGAGCACGACAGUCAUCAGAAUCCUAGCUGGAAAUCCAGGCAAAUUCACAUUACAAGGAACAAACACAUACUUAGUUGGCCGCGGCCCUCGACGCCUUUUAAUUGAUACCGGUGAAGGUCGCCCUCGCUGGGCAACCUUGCUCCAAUCAGUCCUCGAGGAAGAGAAUGCGGUUGUCCACGAAACAUUGCUCACACAUUGGCACCAUGAUCAUGUUAAUGGGGUUCCGGAUGUACUAAAAAUAUGUCCACAGGCUACAGUCUACAAACACCAGCCGAAAGACGGGCAGACUAAUAUUCAAGAUGGACAGGUAUUCAAGGUCGAUGGCGCAACGUUGAGGGCGUUUCAUACACCGGGGCAUACGGAGGAUCAUAUGAGUUUUAUAUUUGAAGAGGAGGACGCUAUAUUCACGGGUGAUAAUGUCCUGGGCCACGGAACAGCCGUCUUCGAAGAGCUCGGCACGUAUCUCACCAGCUUGAAGAAAAUGAAAGACUCAGUUUCGGGUCGGGCAUACCCUGGCCACGGAGCCAUAAUCAACGAAUCCAGCGCAAAAAUAGGCGAUUACAUAACCCAUCGCCAACAACGCGAAAAUGAAGUUCUGCGAGUCCUCAAAUUCGGGAAAUUGGACAUUGAUGCAGCGGCUGAGGCCUCACCGGAGAGGCUGUUAAGCUGGACGCCGUUACAGUUGGUUAAAGUGAUUUAUAAGAAUGUGCCCGAGAGUCUGCAUUUACCGGCGUCGCAUGGAGUGACUCAAGUGUUGAAUAAGCUGGAAGCGGAGGGCAAGGUUGAGCAUGAUCGGGAUUCUGGAGAAUGGCAGCUUAGAGCACAGAGGCCUGCUCUGUGA